AUGGCUGUGAUAGAUACUACUGGCUGGACUACAUCACAGUGGAUUAAGUACCACUCGGAACAUGACCCGGAAGAAUCUUUUCAAUUGCUCAGUGCACUAGUUUCUUCUCAGAAAACUGCACCUGAAGAUCCAGUCUGGAUCUCGUUGGUAUCUGAAGACGAUCUGUUGCACCAAUGGAAGAUUCUUCAGUCUAAAUCAGAUAAGUUCCAAUUACCGUUGUAUGGUGUCCCAAUCGCCGUAAAGGACAACAUCGACGUCAAGGGUCUGCCUACUACUGGAGCUUGCCCCUCGUUCAAAUACUCCCCACAAUCAGAUGCCACCAUCGUCAGUCUCUUGAGAGACCAGGGUGCUAUUGUUAUAGGUAAGACUAAUAUGGAUCAGUUUGCUACUGGUCUUGUGGGCACUAGGUCUCCAUAUGGGAAACCAACUUCAGCUUUUAGUGAUAAGCACGUUUCCGGAGGCUCUUCCUCUGGCUCCGCUGUGGUCGUUGCUAAAGGUAUCGUGCCAAUCUCGUUAGGUACUGAUACGGCUGGAUCCGGUAGAGUUCCUGCUCAUAUUAACAAUUUGAUUGGUCUUAAGCCAACUAAAGGUGUUUUCUCUUGCCAUGGAAUUGUACCUGCCUGCAAGUCUUUGGAUUGUCCUUCAAUUUUCAGUUUGACACUGAGUGAUGCUCAGCUAGCAUUCAACAUCAUGGCUCAACCUGAUCUUGCCCAAGAUGAAUAUUCCAGACCAAUGCCCUCCAACCCAAAGAAGUAUUUCUCAUCUGCUUUGAAAAUUGCCAUCCCUCAGGACAUUCCAUGGUUUGGUGAUUCGGAGAACAAAAAGAUCUAUACCGCUGCCGUUGAGUCUGCCUCCAAACUUGGCGCCGAAGUGGUGGCUCUUGAUUUUUCUCCGCUACUUGAUUUGGCUAAAUGUCUCUAUGAAGGCCCUUGGGUCUCUGAACGUUGGGAGUCCAUGAAAGAUUUUUACAGCACUAACCCCGAUAACAAAGAUCUGGAUCCUACUGUCACCAGUAUUAUCAAAGGUGGUGAAAAGUUUGAUGCUGCCACCACUUUCAGAUUUGAGUACAAGAGAAACGCCAUUCUGCAAAAAGUUAAGGCUUCAUUCAGUGAUUUUGAUGCUCUUUUGGUUCCUACUGCUCCUUUGAACCCUACUUUGGAAGAGGUGGAAAAGGAACCAGUGCUGGUCAACUCUAGACAGGGAGUUUGGACCAAUUUCGUCAAUUUAGCUGACAUGUCGGCAUUGGCCGUUCCGGCUGGCUUUAGAUCUGAUGGAUUGCCCUGUGGUGUUACCUUCCUUUCAGCAAAGUUCAAUGAUUACGCUUUGCUCGACCUUGCCAACAGAUUUUUCAAAGUCCAUUACCAUGAGGGUGUGAGAAGACUUGGAGCUACCAAUGCAGAAAACGGUAUCGGGGACGAGUUGUUACCUUUGCCUAAACCAAACUUGGAUGACUGUGUUAAGCUGGCUGUUGUUGGUGCUCACUUGAAAGGAUUCCCUCUUCACUGGCAACUAAUUAAGUGUAAUGCUACUUACCUUGCUUCUCCAAAAACAGCUAAAUCUUAUAGAUUGUAUGCUCUACCAUUGAAAGGGGGACCUAUUGCCAAACCAGGUCUUAGAAGAGUUGAUGCUGAUAUCGGUGAACAAAUUCAACUGGAGGUUUAUGCCAUUCCAAAGGAACACUUUGGUACCUUCAUUUCGCUGGUUCCAGAGCCAUUAGGUAUUGGAUCUGUGGAGUUGGAGUCUGGUGAAUGGGUCAAAUCUUUCAUCUGCGAAGAGAUUGGCUAUAAGGCUAAAGGAACGGAGGACAUUACUUCAUUUGGUGGCUGGAAAAACUACCAAGAUUCACUGAAAAAACACGCAGAAUCUCAAAAGAAACCUUUUGAUGUUGUUUUAGUAGCCAACAGAGGUGAAAUCGCCGUUAGAAUCAUCAAGACUUUAAAGAAACUCAAGAUCAAAUCGGUUUCUGUUUACUCAGAUCCUGACAAGUAUGCCGAGCAUGUCCUGAUUUCUGAUGAAUCAGUGGCAUUGAAUGGUGUUUCAGCUGCUGAGACUUAUCUAGAUGUCGAGAAGAUUGUCAAAGCCUGUAAGGAUACUGGAGCUCAGGCUGUUGUUCCAGGUUAUGGUUUCCUUUCUGAAAAUGCUGAUUUCAGUGAUAGAUUAGGCAAAGAAGGUAUUGUCUUUGUAGGACCUUCUGGGGAUGCUAUCAGAAGACUUGGUCUGAAACAUUCUGCUAGAGAGAUCGCAGAGAAAGCCGGCGUACCACUUGUUCCAGGAUCUGGAUUGGUCACCUCAACAAAGGAAGCCAAAGAGAUUGCAGCCAAGCUAGAGUAUCCAGUCAUGGUCAAAUCUACUGCCGGUGGUGGUGGAAUUGGUUUGCAAAAGGUAGACUCUGAGGCUGAUAUUGAGAGAGUUUUUGAAACUGUUCAACAUCAAGGUAAAUCUUACUUUGGAGACUCUGGUGUCUUUUUGGAGAGAUUCGUCGAGAAUGCUAGACACGUUGAGAUUCAGAUGUUUGGUGAUGGUUACGGUAAAGCUAUUGCCUUAGGUGAAAGAGACUGUUCCUUGCAAAGGAGAAACCAAAAAAUCAUUGAGGAAACACCUGCUCCAAAUCUUCCUGAAGCAACAAGACUGAAGAUGAGAAAGGCUGCUGAACAGUUAGGUUCUGCUAUGAACUAUAAAUGUGCAGGUACUGUCGAGUUCAUUUAUGACGAGAAGAGAGACGCUUUCUAUUUCUUAGAGGUCAAUGCUCGUUUGCAAGUAGAGCAUCCAAUUACUGAAAUGGUUACUGGUCUUGACCUGGUUGAAUGGAUGCUGUACAUUGCUGCUGAUAUGCCUCCCAGCUUUGACCAAGAGAUCAAGGUCACUGGAGCUUCUAUGGAGGCCCGUCUGUACGCUGAGAAUCCAAUUAAAGACUUCAUGCCUUCACCUGGUCAAUUAACUGAAGUCGAGUUUCCUAAAUGGGCUAGAAUUGAUGGUUGGGUUAAAAAGGGAACUGUAGUGUCUGCUGAGUACGACCCUACUUUGGCUAAGAUCAUUGUUCACGGAAAGGAUCGUCAAGAUGCUUUGAAAAAGCUUAGACAGGCUCUUAAUGAGACAGUCGUCCAUGGUUGUAUCACCAACAUCGACUAUUUGAGAUCCAUUGCCAAUUCUCAAAUGUUUGAAACUGCCAAAGUGGCAACUAAAGUUUUAGAUUCCUACGACUAUGUUCCAAAGGCUCUUGAAAUUUUAGCUCCUGGUGCUUAUACUACUGUUCAGGACUAUCCUGGACGUGUUGGAUACUGGAGAAUUGGUGUUCCACCUUCUGGACCAAUGGAUGACUACAAUUUCAGAUUGUCAAAUAAGAUUGUUGGUAACGCUAAAGCAGCUCCUGCUAUUGAGAUCACUUUGAACGGUCCUACUAUUCUUUUCCACCACGAUGCUGUGAUCGGUGUUACUGGUGGUAAUGUUGAUGUAACUGUCAAUGGAACUUCUGUUUCCAUGUAUGAACCUGUUAAGCUUAGCAAGGGUGACAAGUUAGCCAUUGGCAAAUUGACAACCGGUUGCAGAGCUUACUUGGCUAUUAGAGGUGGUAUUGAUGUCACCGAAUACUUGGGUUCCAGAGCUACAUUUGCUUUAGGUAACUUGGGUGGAUAUAAUGGAAGAGUGCUUAAGUUUGGUGACGUUUUAUUCCUCGGACAACCAGAGUUACCUGCUUGUUCGUUACCAUACCCAGAAAGUGAACCACAAGCUGUUCCAAAAGCCUUAAUUCCUCAAUUGCCAGCUAAGGAAUGGGUUAUCGGUGUUACAUGUGGACCUCACGGAUCACCAGAUUUCUUCCAGCAGGACACUGUUGAAGAGUUUUUCAAAGAACAGUGGAAAGUUCACUACAACUCUAACAGAUUCGGUGUUAGAUUGAUCGGUCCUAAACCUCAAUGGGCUAGACCAGAUGGUGGAUCCGCCGGUUUGCAUCCAAGUAACACUCACGAUUAUGUGUACUCCCUUGGUGCUAUCAACUUUACUGGUGAUGAACCCGUCAUUUUAACUUGCGAUGGUCCUUCCUUAGGAGGAUUUGUUUGUCAGGCUGUUGUAGCACAAGCUGAGAUGUGGAAAAUUGGACAGGUCAAACCUGGUGACUUGAUCAAGUUUGUGCCUAUUACGUGUGAAACUGCUGUUUCUAUCAAAGCCUCUCAAGACGCUUCUUGCGAUGAUCUCUCUGGAAAACUGGUUGAGAUUUCAUCUGUGAAGCAGUUGGAUGGACCUAUUAACCCAGUACUCUACACCAUUAAGCCAGAUAAAGAAACUGGACUAAGUGCCACAUACAGACAAGCUGGUGAUAGAUACAUUCUUGUUGAGUACGGUGACAACAACAUGGACCUCAACAUGUCCUAUAGAGUCCACACUCUCAUUAGUAUGGUUGAAAAGCAUAAGACCGUUGGUAUUGUGGAAAUGUCUCGUGGUGUCAGGUCAGUUUUGGUAGAAUAUGACGGAACUGCAAUUUCUCAGAAAGAGUUGGUAGAGAUCUUGCUUAGAUAUGAGCGUGAAAUCCGGUUUGUGAACAAAUGGAAGGUACCUUCCAGAGUUAUUAAGCUUCCGAUGGCUUUUGAAGAUAAGAAAACUUUGGAUGCCGUUACUAGAUACCAAGAAACUAUUAGAUCCACAGCUCCUUGGCUACCUAAUAACGUCGAUUUCAUUGCUAAUGUCAAUAACAUCCAAAGAUCUGAAGUGAAAGAUAUGUUGUACUCAGCAAGGUUCUUGGUGCUUGGUUUGGGUGAUGUCUUCUUGGGUGCUCCAUGUGCUGUACCUUUGGAUCCUCGUCAAAGGUUCUUAGGAACCAAAUACAAUCCUUCCAGAACAUUUACUCCUAACGGAACAGUAGGUAUCGGAGGAAUGUACAUGUGUAUAUACACUAUGGAAUCUCCAGGUGGUUACCAGUUAGUCGGAAGAACAAUCCCAAUCUGGGACAAAUUGGUUUUGGGACAACACUCUAAGAAGUUUAACGAUGGUAACCCAUGGUUGCUGAGUCCAUUCGACCAAGUCGAAUUUUACCCUGUUAGUGAAGAGGAAGUUGACAAGUUUACUGAGGAAGCCAACUGUGGUCAGUUUGAUGUGGAUAUUGUCGACAGUGUUUUUGACCAUACUAAAUACUUGGAAUGGAUCCAAGCAAACCAAGAAUCUAUCCAAGCGUUCCAUGACAAGCAAGGCGGAGAGCAAUUGGCAGAGUUUAACAGACUUAUUCAAAUAGCAAACGAGGAGUUGAAAAACUCGUCAUCGGUUCAAGAAGUCAAAGCCGAUGAGUUUUCAGAGGACGCUGAGUUGGUCUAUUCUGAAUAUUCAGGAAGAUUCUGGAAACCACUGGUUCAAACUGGAGAUGUUGUUACGGAAGGUCAAGGGUUAGUAGUGGUGGAAGCCAUGAAAACUGAGAUGGUUGUCAAUUCGCCAAGAGCUGGUAAGGUUGUUAAGAUUGUUCACACCAAUGGUGACAUGGUAGACGCUGGUGAUUUGGUUGUUGUUAUUGAAUGA